CGCCCCCCGGCCGCCGCCUGCUGCUCGCGCACGGCGCGCUGCAGACCACGGCCGACGUGUACAGGUAGCUCUGUGUGCUGUACCCCCCCCGCGCCCCCCCGCCGCCCCCCGGCCGCCGCCUGCUGCUCGCGCACGGCGCGCUGCAGACCACGGCCGACGUGUACAGGUAGCUCUGUGUGCUGUACCCCCCCCGCGCCCCCCCGCCGCCCCCCGGCCGCCGCCUGCUGCUCGCGCACGGCGCGCUGCAGACCACGGCCGACGUGUACAGGAACGUCCAAAACAAAAACAACACAGAGACCGCGCGAGCGCACUCGCCAACAAGACAAACGCCCGACGCACAAUAACGGUCACAAAGACCCGAGCUUUGUUCCGGGUGCAAAGUCAAUAUUCUUCCACGACACAUCUUGCCGAGGUGGCCUGACUAUACGUCAAGCGUGUUCGGUAGAAGCAGCGGCCAGAGCACACCCUGAGCACAUUAUCUACGUGCUGUUCAGCUGUCCAGUCACCAACUACGCGCAGAAGACGACCUGCCUCGCGACGCUCCUCGAAUUCCCCAAUGUGAAGUUCCUGAGAGUCGACAUUACUGAAUUUUCCAAAGGAACAGCCGUGCAGUCUAUAGUACUCAACGAUAUAAAACUUAGUCUAUACCCAAAACAUCAUGCAGCCGACAUACUGAGAAUAUUGACCCUCAACAAAUGGGGUGGCAUAUAUCUGGACACAGACAUGAUUGUGACGAGAUCUUUAGAGCAUUUUCCAAAAAAUUUUGUGGCUAAAGAAAAUCUAAAUGACGUCGCUUCGGGCAUCCUGUCUUUUGCGAAAGACGGAAUUGGUACCAACAUAACUAAUAAAAUUCUCAAAACCAUGGGCCAAGACUAUAACCCAACGGCUUGGUCAAUUGUUGGUCCAGCGGCCAUAGACAAGGUGCUGAAAAUGUACUGUCCUCAGCUGAUCCACUCGCCCUACUACAGUAACUGUCAUGGCAUUACAGUAUUCACCUUCGAGUUGUUCUAUCCAUAUUACUACACGGAGACCGCAGAUAUAUUUAGUGCUCCAACAGAAGAUUUCCACUUGGAAGGACCUUACGCUUACCAUAUGUGGGACUUCUUGUCGCAUAACAUAUCUAUUCACAAGGACACGGUGUACGAAAUUGUUGCUGGCGCCUUCUGCCCUACGAUCCAUGACACGUACAGAGAUGAAUUUUGUGUAGUAGUUUGAGCAGUAGAUUUAGCGGUUUGGAAUAUACAUAUUAUUUUGGGAAAUUACAAGUCUAGCCACAAAAUUAUUUAUUGGACACAUGAUUAAACUUCUAAUUUUAUAACGAAAUGACAUAGCCUCUAAUAAACCAAUUCGUCU